GCAGCUCCACAACCCACGGGACUCAUUUAAGCCCAUUUAAGAGAAUCGGCAUUAUCAUUUGGCUUGAAGUUUGAGCUUUGAAUUGCUCUUUUUUACAGUCUUUUAUCCGGAAAAAAAAAGCUACUUUUGAACCAUCUGAUGGACUGAUGUCGACGAUUAAAUCCUAUUUGUUUCCCCCGAUCAGCCCGAUAUGCGAAUACCCACAAUGAGAUAUUUCCAUAUUUCGCGUCGGACUCGGGGGAGCUUCAUUCAAUUGGAUCAGACUUUGAGGGGUCUCUGCUUUUCCGGAAGAUUAACUGAAGCGGUUGACAUUUUAUGUCGUACAGAGUCGCUCCUGGAUACUGAGAUAUACGCCCUUCUACUGCAAGAAUGCAUAUUCAGGAAAGAGUUCAAGAAAGGGAGAAGGAUCCAUGCACAAAUGGUAAUAGUUGGAUUUGCUCCUGAUGAAUACUUACAGACCAAAUUAGCCAUAUUGUAUGCGAAAAAUGGAGAUUUGGAAACUGCUCAUAUCAUGUUUGAUAAAAUUUCAAACCGAAGUCUGGUUUCCUGGAAUGCGAUGAUCUCAGGAUAUGUGCAAAAGGGUCUUGAUGAAACGGGGUUGAAUCUUUAUCACAAGAUGAGACAGAGUGGUUUGAUACCCGACCAGUACACGUUUGCAUCAGUCUUCCGAGCCUGUGCUUCGCUGGCAACUCUGGAACAGGGGAAGCGGGUCCAUGCGGUUAUGAUCAAGAGCCAACUGACAGAGAAUGUUGUGGUUAACAGUGCUCUCACGGACAUGUACUUCAAGUGCAGUAGUCCCCAUGACGGUCAUCGUGUAUUCGACAAGACCUCAGAGCGAAACGUUGUUACAUGGACUGCUCUGAUCUCUGGGUAUGGCCAACAUGGGCGAGUUAAUGAAGUUUUAGACCUCUUUAAUAGAAUGUUACAUGAAGGCUUCAGACCAAACUAUGUUACGUUUCUUGCAGUUCUUACUGCUUGUAGUCAUGGAGGCCUGAUUAACGAGGGUUGGAAGUAUUUUACAUCAAUGUCCAGAGACUACGGUAUUAGGCCAAGAGGGAAACACUAUGCAGCCAUGGUCGAUCUCUUGGGGCGUGCGGGGAGGUUGAACGAGGCUUAUGAGUUUGUUCUGAACUCACCUUGUGAGGAUCACUCUGUUAUUUGGGGUGCUCUACUUGGUGCUUGCAGAAUUCACGGGAACCUAGAACUGGUUAAGCUUGCAGCGAAGAAGUUCUUUGAGCUGGAACCAGAAAAUGCAGGGAAGUAUGUCGUUUUAUCCAAUGCUUAUGCUGCUUAUGGGUUGUGGAAACAUGUCGCAGAGGUUAGGAAGGUGAUGAAGGUAUCUGGGGUGAGAAAGGAACCCGGUUAUAGCUGGAUUGAGGUCCAAGGGGAGGCCCACACCUUUGCUGUUGGAGACAAAUCUCACAGACAGAGUGAGCAGAUAUACGAGGUGAUCAAAGAGCUGACUUGCGCUUUAAAAGAUGCAGGUUACCUUCCAGAUUUAAGAGUCUGACAAAAAAUAUAUAUAUAUAAAGCUAAAAAAGACUAGUUGAAAAAUGAAGUCAUCCUAUUUUUUGGGGUAGAAUUGAUUCUUUCUCAGCCUGGCUAUUUCUUGGGUAGGUCUCAUCCAACUGUGGGUUCUGAUCCUGGAAGCUAACGUUUAAGACAAUAUUUCCAUAAAUAGAGAAGUAAUAUUGCCACUGCCCAUUGGAUCCAUGGAAACCAAGUCUCCUAUAUGCUUUUCAUGGGAAAAACAGUUCGUAAGCAUGAGAAUUAGUCAUGAACCAGAUGGAGGGAAGAAGGCUGCUUAUAAUUUAUAAUUUAUAAAUGGGGAAAAUGAUACUGUAAUUGGUGAAAUCGUUAUCCCAAGUCAUAGUCUGAGAUAGAAGUUUUCCAAUUUUUUUUCCUGAAACAAGAGAGGCUGCUAUGGUAGAUACUACACCGCCGAAUACUCAAUUUAGAAGUCUGAUGCCUAUUUUUGCAAGAACUGUGCAUGACAGUGAUGGCACCACGCCAUGACCAAAUAAUAAUCAAAGGCAUGGAUAGAGAAAUCACUUGCAUUUAAUCCCUCUAUGUUGGGUAAAGGCCUUCAUAUGCAUGUAUGAUGAAUUGAUGAUAUUUUGCAUGACUUACACUGGCUGCGUAGGAUAUGCUAUUAUCAAAAACUAGUACAAGAUAGAACCAAUUCAGCACUCAAAUUCAAAUAACAU